CCAUACACUCAGGCGAAACCGAAAGAGAAAACGGAAUCUAGCGAGAGCAUUUAUAAAUUAUUGCGGUCCAUUCAAGCAGGCAGUCGUCCCCCAAAAGAGAAUCCUCCCAAAACAGUGUUUGUGCGCAAUCAAUCGACCGAAAAGCACGGAGUUAAGUGAAACCCCACACCAUAAAUCAAGCGCCCCAGCGGUCUCUCGCACUAUGAAAAUCACAGUGACUGCCUCCGAUGAUCGGCUUUUCUGCUUGGACGUGUCCCACGAUCUCGAGCUGGAGAACCUCAAAGCCCUCUGUGCGAUGGAGAUCGGGGCCGAAGUCGAUCAAAUUGUCGUCCUCUUCAAUGGCCGGGAGCUGACGAACAACAAGCACUCGCUGCAGCAGUGUGGCGUCAACGAUGGGGACUUUAUCAUGCUGGAGCGAAGACGGCCCAACAAUCGCGCAGGAGGUGCCAACAAUCCGGUAAUAAGUGGACUGGACUUUAGCAGCAUUGCUGUGCCGGGAUCCAGUGCAACGACCAGUGGCGGCAGCCCACCUUCAAUGUCCAAUCCUAACAUGGGAGGAGUAGGUGGACUGGCCGGACUGGCUGGAUUGGGUGGACUGGGAGGAGGCAUCGCCAGCAACAGUCUGCAGCAGCAGCAACAGCAGAUGCAGAACCUAACAGACAUCCCAAUGACGGACGAAUUCAAUGUGAACUUCGACGACGAUCCGGAGACAGUGAGGCAGCUGCUAUUGUCCAGCCCGAAGACACUGGCCCUGCUGAGGGAGUAUAAUACGCGGCUUGCGGAGGCCCUCGACUCGGGGGAUCCGGACACGUUUGCCCGUGCCCUCAGGGAGCAUGUGGCGGAGCGGAAGCGGCGCAACGAUCAGCGGGUGCGAAUGCUGACAGCGGAUCCGUUCGAUGAGGAGACGCAGCGUCUGAUUGCCGAGGAGAUCAAGCAGAAGAACAUCCAGGACAAUAUGGCGGCGGCCAUUGAAUACAAUCCGGAGAUCUUUGGCAUGGUCACGAUGCUCUACAUCAACUGCAAGGUAAACGGCGUGCCGGUGAAGGCAUUCGUUGACUCUGGAGCCCAGACGACAAUCAUGAGCAAGGACUGUGCCGAGAGGUGCCAUGUGAAUCGGCUAAUUGACACGCGCUGGAAUGGUGUCGCCAAGGGUGUGGGCACACAGCCCAUUCUAGGCAGAAUCCACAUGGUUCAGCUGCAGAUCGAGAACGAUCACUUGACGUCCAGCUUCACCGUUCUCGGCCAACAGCCCAUGGACAUGUUGUUGGGUCUGGACAUGCUGAAGCGUCAUCAGUGCCUCAUCGAUCUGCAGAGAAAUCUACUGAUUAUUGGCACCACCGGAACGACAACACCAUUUUUACCCGAAAGCGAGCUGCCGGUUGGGGCCCGGCUUACGGGCAAUCCAGAGGAACAGGCCGAACAGCAGGCGAUUGCCGAUGCCAUGGAGCAGAGUCGAAGAGACGGUGCCUCAACCUCUAGCUCAGCUGCGGCAGGGCACGGAGCGAAUACCAUCCAGCCAAUGGAUCGAUUUACCGAGCAGGAUGUCAGCGAUCUCAUGGCACUCGGCUAUCCGCGCGGCGAUGUUCUCAUUGUGCUAAGGCAGUGCGGUGGCAAUAAGCAGGUGGCCAGCUCGCUUUUGCUUAGCCGCAACGAGGCAGCCGGUGGCGGACUUAGCUGAACUCGGGCUGGAGACCCCUGUCCCCCCCUGCCCGUGCUCUGUCCACCCCACCAUAAACGCCACAGACACCGCCGCCACCACCUACUCCUCUUCCUCUUUCUCUUUCUCCAACGCACCACAGUUCACGCCUAUGGGAACAAUAAUAACGACAUCAUGAGAACCAACAUUGCAGGAUAGCCAAGGAUAUGCCAGACAGACAGCCAGCCAGCCAGCCAGCCAGCCAGCCAGCCAGACAGUCAGCCACUAGAUUCCGUUUCAACGAAAUACUCCGAGCAAUACCAAAACAAAAAUG